AUGCAAGGCGAGGGCUCACGCGCGGCUCUUGCGUCUUCGGCCUGCAGGGCAAAACCGCCUCUUCUUCUACAUCUUGGGCGCGUAAUCACACCGCAGAGCCUCCGUCGCGCGAGACAGUAUGUGGAUCUUCUUGCCAACCCGCCUUCGCCGCCGCACCCUUUUGGCGUCUUUCUUGAGGAAGCAGCGCGUCUACGGAGUCGGGCCGCCGCUGCGGCAUCACACAACACUGCGAGAUGUGCAGAGAAUGGUGAGGGAGUGUCAUCCGGAUCAGCAGUUGUGGGGGCUGAAGACGCAGAGGUGUCUUCGUUGUUGGAGUUGUUGCGGAGGGAACAGGGCUAUUCCACGGGGAGCGCGAUGCACCGCAUUUGGGUCCAACAACCACGGGAGUAUCUUGCGGGGAUGGCGCAGCGGAUUGCAGAUCUUGUCUUGACGCGUGUGAUGCCGUUGGUUGCUAGCGAAAGAAAAGGAGGAGAAUACUCUCAUUCUCAGAGUGAAGCAAACAACACGAGUAGGAAGACGCAGUUUGUCAAGCAGGAGAGAGACAAUUACGACAUCCACGUGCGCUUUCUCCCCUCUUCCGCUUCUUCUCUUCAGGUCCAUGCACCCAUCGCGAAAGUCUUCUGUGCAGAAAUUACCGUGCGAGAAGCAGAGGCCCUGCGGCGUCUUGAGGAGGAUGCAGACCUGCUGCGGACGCAGUACACUUCCGUGGCGGCUGAGGGGCAGACAGUCCAGAGUGCGUUGGCUUUUUGGCGUGCAAUAAAAAUGGAUGCGGCUGCGGAGGAAAACGAGGGGCCGUCGGCUGAUGAUGCGUUAUCGGCCGUCGUGCUCGGUCGUGCCCGCAAUCCAGCGGAUGAAAAACGUGCCCGCAGGCUUUCUGCUGGGGGAGCGGACGCUCUUUGGAUGCAGCCGCCCAACAAGCGUCCACGACAGGCUGCAGCAAGUACCACAGCAGCUGCCGGCAUCAAUUUGUCUAGCAGGAGGAAGCUGGCGGCGCCACAAACGACAGGAUUGGAGCCGCCGCGAGUUCCGUUGCAGAGCACGGCAGGGCUUGUGGCGGUGUUUUAUCUCGCGUUCAGCGGGACUUUGUACACUGGCGUACUUUGCGGUGCAGCGGAGGAGGGGGAUCCAUACCCGGCCCCGGUCCCGCACCGCACAUAUGCAGCCUCUGAUGGCAGCGUGACAGGCAAGCGUGUGGAAACGACGGCACCACCGUUGGAUGCUGAGCCCGUUUUUUUUCUUCCCUGCGCUGCCAGCAACAGUUUUGUUCGCGGCCUACUCGGGCUGUAG